CAACUCAUGUUGUUGGAUCACCACAUGAAUCGUCAGAGUGAAUGAUCAACGUUGAUACGCUGUCAAGGAUUUUAAGUUGUGGAGCAUUUUCUGCUCUUUGUUUUUAAUAUAGAUCACUGAAGAAAGACAAAUUGGUGAUCAUUUUGGAAGAAUAAGUUGAAGGUGUUCAUAUCUUGGCAGUGAAUAUUUUAAGUGGCGCCAUAACAGAGAUUGGCAGGGAGAAUCUACAUGCAGGAUGUUCUAUAUCUGUUACGCAGACAAGAUUUAUGCAGAUUUUAGGGCUUCAAACUCGACUUUUGUUUAGAGAUAGCUGGAAAUUACAAUUGGAAUAGACAGCCGCCAAGCGUAGACUACAAAUAAUUGCUGAGAAAUAUGCAGGAUCAUUGCGGGUCUUCUGAUGCAAUUGCAGAUCUGUCUAUUAUGCCAAACACCUUUCACUUGCUGUACAUGUAGUAAGAUUUGAGACUUGAAGGGUUAACGAUGGCGCAGCGGUCUAUGUUGAAGAAGAUUGGUGAGAUGGAGAGACAGAGGUGUAUGUCAUGGAGUGGUGCACCUGGUUCUGUGGCAUCAUUGGCAGCAUUAAGGGGGAAACGACUACGCAAGUAUUCUGAAACAGAUGCCUCUUGCGAGAGACUGUCUGGUUCUAUCAAAUCAGAAGGCAGGUCUAGUCAACUCUACACUAAGGUUCCACUCACGCCGUUAGCUGUAGACGACAAUGAGGACUACAACUUUAAAAGACAAGCUAGUGUGCGGAUCAAAAAGAUGACAUCAUGCCAUGAUGGGUCUAGUCUCUUCCCCAAACUCAACGACUGCGCACAUUUCCACUACGAUCAUGUCGAGCUGGGAGCCGUACAGAUAUCCAUGCAUGAAGAGUCGGACGACCGUACCAUUGUGGAGCAGAACGGGGGUGCAGUCGAUCUCCUGGAUUGCCCGUUCACCCUCAAAAUGCAGAGCCAGGGCAAAGUCUGGCUUCUCAAGCGGUGCUAUGAAGACUUCAGGGUGCUCGACAAGCAGCUACACAAAUGCAUCUACGACAGGCGCUUCAGCCAGUUGGUGGAAUUACCCAAAGGAGAGACCCUCACGGGCAGAGAGGCUGUCAAAACGAUGCUGACCCACUACGUGACCCGGUUCUCACAGAUCGCUGGAGAUAUGAUCAACUGCGGUCCUGUACUCAAUUGGCUUGAGAUUGAUAACAUUGGUUGUCACAUCGAGCUCGAUAACCAUGGCAACCACGUUGUAGCCAGCGAAGAGUCGGCGAUCAACAUUCCAGCCGUGGCGGCAGCACACGUAAUCAAGAGGUACGCCGCGCAGGCACCCGACGAGAUCUCGUUAGAGGUGGGAGACAUGAUCUCGGUGAUCGACAUGCCUCCUCCAGAGGACACGUCGUGGUGGCGCGGCAAGAAUAAGUUUGACGUGGGCUUCUUCCCUCGCCAGUGCGUUGAGAUCAUCAGUGAGAAACUACCCCUGGCAGUCGCAGAGAGGGUACCGAAAGGGCCCAAACCUGGUUGGCAGCUCUGCAACAUGACAGUGGCAGACAGGGUAUCAAAGGGUCCCAAACCUGAAGUGAUGUCAUUGGAAGCGUCCGGUACUUGGUCACAAACAGGGGGCACCAACACACAAACCACUAUGUUGAGGAAGCAUGGCAAGCUCAUUACAUUCCUUCGUUCAUUCAUCCUUGAGAGACCGACGAGGAGGAGAUUAAAGCAAAGCGGCAUCCUGAAGGAGAGGGUGUUUGGAUGCGAUCUAGGGGAGCAUCUUCUCAACACAGGCACUGAUGUUCCCUCUGUGGUCCAAGACUGCUGUCACUUCAUCGAGCAGUAUGGUAUCGUUGACGGCAUCUACCGGUUGUCGGGCGUGGCCUCCAACGUCCAGUACCUUAGGGACCAGUUUGACAGUGAGACCACACCCAACCUCGACGAGUAUAAGAAGGAUAUCCACUGUAUGUCGUCUGUUUGUAAGCUGUACUUCAGGGAGUUGCCCAAUCCUCUGCUCACCUACCAGCUCUAUAAGAAAUUUGAGGAGGCUGCUAUGUCAGGUGAGGAGAAUCGUUUGAUGAAGAUGCACGACACGGUCCAGCAGCUACCACCGCCACACUACCGCACCUUGCAGUUCCUCAUCCGCCAUCUCUCAUACAUGUCAUCGUUCAAGAGUGAGACCAGUAUGAACAUCAAGAACCUUGCCAUCGUGUGGGCACCAAACUUACUCAGGUCAAAGGACAUUGAGACUGGUUCGUGUGCAGCUUUCAUGGAAAUCAAAGUCCAGGCGACCGUCGUAGAAUACCUUGUCAAGCAUUGUGAUCUUAUCUUCAAUGAUAAGCUCUUCCCAGAUGUCCCAGGUGUCAGCCAUGAGAUGGCACGCCCCAAAUCCCUGGUGCUGUCCACCCCUACCAAGCUGCUCUCCUUGGAAGAGGCCAGGGCGAGAUCAUCAUCCCAGGGAAACGACAGCGCAGACAAGGAUGACAAACCAAAGUUCAUAGAGGUCGGAGGAGGGCCAGCCGCUCUACCCAAGCAGUAUCAUACUGUCAUAGAUCUCCCACCGGAGAGUCGCAAGCGAUUCUCUGCUUCAAAAGCCAAGAAGUCCCCCGGAUGGAAGGCAUUCUUCUCAAAAUCGACCGGUAAGGAGGUCAAACACAAGAUGUCACAUGACCCAGCUUCGUUACGGGUACCUCCCUCCAAGCACUUUGGUUCCAGGGCACACCGAACGAGCCUCCGAUCCGUCAAAAGUGCGGAAUCUCUCUCGUCCGCAGAGUCAGCAUCAGAGCUGCAAGGCCAGGAGAAGUACGGCAAUAUUCUUGAUCCCCGAUUUAAGGGUCACAUGCGCCGCAGUUCAGUUGCCUGCAUGGAGAACAACCUGAGGAGAUCAUCCUCGGACUCUUUCUUUGAGGUAGAUGCGGACAUCGUUGCCGCGGCAACCAGGGAGAUGCUUGCAGAGAGGAGAGGCGAGAACCCCUACUCUGGUGACGAGAUCUUUAUCGAGGAGGAGAGUGGUGCGACGUGUCAGCUGGGACGCCGGCGCGGAAGCGGCACGAACAGCCCCUUGUGGAUUGACCAGAGCUUGAGCAGCAUGGAAUCCGAUCAGGCAUCACUGAGGUCGCCCUACGGACACCAACCUUCAAUGCAGAUCGGCAGGAAGAUGAGUGCCGAGAACAACUGGCAAGUCGGAAAUGAUGAUAUCCACAUGGCUUGCGAUGUAAACGUGCAUCAUUAUCAUGAGGAGACUCCCCCGCCCUCUCCAACUGAAGCGUCCUCGCCUGAGAGGUAUCAGUGCACCAUCGCAGAACCUGUUGCCGUUCCGCAGCGUCACCCGCUGAAGACAUCCAUCGCUAUGCCGGUGGCAGCGGCGUUUACGCCAGAGUAUCGCGACGUGGAGAUGACAGAGAGUGGAUGCUCUUCCACCUCACCAGAUCACACUGGUUCUGUCCUGGAUAAGAUUUCAAGAGCGAUGUCUAUCAAGACGAAAGCUAAGUUAAAACGGGAGUCGAGUACAGAGGCGGAUGAUUACUCGAGUUUAGGCCGGAGUCCCGACACUGGGGUUGAUGAUGUAAUGGAUCGUCCGAUCAUGGUGACGGUACGUACACAGACCUCACCGCACGAUACGUUGGAUGAUAUGGACACGGGGGAAGAGGUACGAAAGUACGACGUCAACUUACAGACGAGUGGGAGUGAUGGUGCUGUAUUCAUGCGUACCCCUGCGCAGCGCCGAUCCAUGAACCUUGACCUCUUCAGCGGGCUUGACGAAGCGCUGUUAGGUACGACGGCGCCCCGACCGAAAUCUAUCCAUGUCUCGUCGCACCUCGGCAGAGGGUCCGAAAGCUACGAUGAUGAUUUUGCGGCUUUCACGACUCGGUUGAGCCUCGACAAUGUCCUCUCAGAGUAUGACCACAUCCUGGCUAAGUACAACAACCGACCACUGACUCCGGAUUUUGAUCGUAACGAUGAUAUGUGUAAAUACGAUGGUAUGUACCCUGGACAGCGUAUAUCGAGUCCGCGUCAUGGGAUCACGCCAGUCACUGCCCUUAACAGUAACUGUAAUAACACCCGGCAGAGACGGUUACAGCACAGGUACAGCAUGGGUGAUGAAAUGAGAGCCGAACGCUUCAAUAACCGUUACUCGACCGUCCUAACGGAAAACGGCGAGACGCGGAAACGGUUGUCAGCAGGUGCAGUCCUCGACCACCACACCCCCGGGCAGGAAAACGAUGAGGAAGUCGUGGUUGUGAGAUUACGACGCCCUAGACCACCUUCAGCACAGAAGAAACUCUACACCUCACCAGAAAGAUUCUCCAUCAACUCCCCGGAAUUCCAAGCUUCAUUCGCUGACCAGCAAAACGGCAACACCCCGCCCGAAUCAGCCAGUGACCUUAGAACUUUAAAAAUUGAUGAGGGUCAACGGCCCGUAUCGUCUGUCGAUGCCGUGUAUCAUGUGACCCUGCCGACGAGACCGAACAGUCAACAGAGAGGCAUAUCGAAAAGUUUCUCUUUAGAUUUCCAGUCUUCCAUUCCCGAUGCUAUGACGAGAAUAGGGGAGGGUCUGGGGAGUGGAGAGAUCGGUAACACCGUGAACGAAGCGGAAGCUGGAAGAUCAGCGAUGAUGCUUCAUGAAGAUGAUGUGAGAUUAGAUAACCAGGAUGUAGAUGGAAUGCAGGAGAUAGAUGAUCCAGGCUGCUUUGCUUUUCAGACGUCUUCGCAGGACGCAUCCAGUGGAUCGCCUCUCAUAGAUCGCUACCCCAUCAUAAUCAGUGAUGAAUUAGAGCUUUGAUGCUUCAUGAAUAUGUUAAACAUCUUCACGGCAAAUCAUGGUGCUUGAUUUCUGUAUCUCUAAAGAGAACCAACAUUCAAAAUUAAUUCAGUCCCACCUAAAUACUGUAUAAGCCGAUACUUUGCGAGAGUUUAUUUCACAAAUUGUAACUGGUAUGGUCCCAAAAUCGAAAAACAUGCAAACAUGGGGGCAGAAUGUGUGUGCAAACAUGUAAAUCCUGUAAACCCUGUGGAUAGCCAAAUUAUUUAUAAACAAAAUAAUGGCUCACGCAGUAGGCUGUUCUUAAAAGAGAACCAAAUAGUAUUGUCUUCAAAAAUACUUUUAUUUCAGACUCUAAGAUGCCAAACUUAGAUCAUAUUGUUAAAUCUUUGCCUGGAUGAUGUCUUGUAGUAGGGGAUUUCCCCACCUUGUGCUGGCCCAAGCUGCGCCCUGUUUCACCAAACUUGUUCUCAGUAACAGGUGCCAGAAUUUUGUUACAAAUUUGCUCUCAGCCAAUCAAAUGCAAUGAUUUUAGUAGCUUAUAACAAUCAUUGCAACUUGUUAUUGAUAACAAGUUUUGUGAAACCAGGCCCUUUAUUCUCUCCCCAUGUAAGUUAAUGUUACAUAAUCAAGAAGAAUAUUGGUCUAUUUAAACAGCAUUACUAAUUGUGCUUAAUCAAGAAUCUUGCUCUUUUUUGUGGUGCAAAAUGUUAAUGUUUUCCUACUGUGUAUGUAUUAUGAAGUCUGUAUGUGUAUGUUGUUGUUACAUCUCAGUGUUAAAUAGAUGGAUUUGGGGGUCGAAAAUUAGCUAUUCGCCCACGAAUGUGUAAAUAGAAAUUGACUAAGUAAUUAUUGCCCUGCAUACGAUACUGUGCCAUGCUUCAUUUUGUAAUAAUUGAACAAAUAAUUCAGGUUAAAAGUGCACUGUCUUUGCCUCUUGUAUAUGUUUUGCCUUUGUAGGUUGAUGAUAGUAUUUAAAGCCAGAAUACCUUGCCUUUUUUUGUAUUGUAUCUCUCGCUGAAUUACAUGUAAUGUAUGUAGAGGAUUGAGGCAAUAGAUUGAAACGCACGAAAUGAAAAAUAGAUUGAAGCUAGAUGAUACAUGCUUGAAAUGAGCAUCUCUUUACUGUCACUUAGCCCUUUUCCAAUAUAAAAGAAAGUUUUAGUAGCAUCUCAAAAAAGAUGGCUGCUGUAUUUUAAGGGGAUCAUUAAUAACCUUAAAGUGUAUCAAUCGCCUGAAUGAAGUCAUUUGCGUACAGCUAGAACGUAUUAAAUCAACCUCAAGUAAUUUACCUGGCUUUCUGUGGGCUAACGGAUACAGAGUUUGUAGAAAAUAAAGAAAUAACAUCAAACUUAUAGCACGGAAAUGCGGUUCUGUGCAGGCCCUAUUUAAAGCGAGGGCGUGCAGGUGUGUGGAGUAUUCUACUCACAAGUCACUUUUAUUAAAAUUAUAUUUUAAGUUGCAAAAUCCCUCAAACAGAAGUUGUAUUUGUAGCUCAUAUUUCUGAACAUUGCAACAUAUAACUACUAUCAACAAAAACAAAAUGUUUUUUAGAGAUUGGUACACGUUGAGGUUAACCGAGUUGCCAAUUUGCAUACCUGAGAUCACACAUAACGGUUAUACUGAUUAGUUGUGUGUCGUUAGAGAACAAAUAACUGAUAAGGUACCUGCCAGAAUAAAAACUUUUCCUUGCCCCAUUUUUAACAAGAAAUAGAUACACAGAAUGCAAUAUUUCACUUGCCCAUUGAUGUUAUGUACUUGCACUGAUUAUUGAGUAGGACAGUGCUGUAUAAAAUAGAAUAAAUCUAUACAAAUUGAUUUGAAAGUGAUAUUGAAGUAUUUUAUCCCUAUGGGUCACGGCAUGCUGAAGAUAGAAAUUAUUAUUUAUAAAACUAACAGGAAAUAUCAAAAACUAAAAUGGUUAGGGCCUAAUUUUACUGUAGCUUGGGGUAUUCUAAGGGCUUUUUUAAGACAAGAUUCCGCAUAUGAAUCCUGUUUAAUAGUACAUGUAAGUGAAAAACAAAACUCCUUUUCAUUGGUGCGAAUGGUGCAUCUCUUUUUCGUGUCUUCAUCAUUAUAAAAGCUAUAGCUUUACUCCUUCUUUCCCAUAUAAAUUGAUCUUGCCCCCUUCCAGAGUGUUUAACUCUCAUGCAUAUUCAUGAGCCAUGCAAAUUAUUACAUUUAGGUUUAAUCUGUGUAGGCCAGCAAUAUACCUUGCCAGAGAAAAUUUAAUUUUUUCCAUCUUUCACAUGCAAUGUAUCCCACCUAUUAGAUAUUAAUAUUCAUAUAUUCAUGUCAUCAAUAUUCAUGUCAUUUGUAUUUUUUAAUUCUCCUAUUUAUUCAUAACUUAGUGGGUGGUUAUUUAUAUUUGACAAUGCCUGUAUGCUACUAUGAUACUACAAGGAUAUUUGAACAAGAUGUUUUUUUAUAAGAAUUGCACUGGUAUUUAUUCAUGUAAUGGUUAUAAUUACUCUUAUUGAAAUAUAGAUGAAGCACUUUAUGUCAUAUUUAUGUCAAAAAUGUUACUUUAAGUAAUAUCAACAAUUACAUUCUUACAUUGCAAGGUUUCCCAGUGGCAGAUAGUUGACUUGUCAUAUGACCCAUUGCUGUCAAAUCUACAUUUUGACUCCUCUUGUAUUUUUUGUAAAGCUUUGCCCAACAACGUUUCAAAGAUUAUUGAAAUCCUAUAGACAGCCACUUACGUGCAAUACUGCUUUGCAGCACUACAUGAAGAAAAUUGUGAUAAAGAAGUUACAUAUUUAAUGUAUUGGAGGAUAUAUUUUAUAUGAAUAUGCCUAUAUUAGUCCAGUUAAUGUAUUUGUAACUCAGUUUUCUGUGGUUUAGAUGGCACUUUUUUUCUUUUUCUUUUUUUCUCCAUUUUUUGAAAAUUACAUUGUGCAUUAGAAUAGGCCCAAUAAAUUUUGGUGAUAGUAUUUAAGUUUCAGAAAAAAAAUCAUUCUCAAUGUUAAAGAUAUAAAAUUCAGCUUAACUUGGGGAUUACCAUCCAAAUAUAACUACCAAGUUGUUUAACCGUUUCUGAUAUAGUUUUCAUGGAAUUUCUUUGAAAUUACUACUCCAAUAAUCAAAUAAUUUGAAUUAAAUAGAAAUAUUUGUUGAAAAUUCGAAUUAUUUUUUCCUGUAGGCCUGCUAAAUAGUGUUGUUGAUUUUGAUUUGGUAUUCAGCUCGGGCUGAAAACAAAAAUAUAAAUUUACAUUUUCUCGUACCGGUAUACUUUUACUCUAUUUAUCUCUCACUCAGAACCCGUUUCUCAUCUCAUAUUCUCGACACCAAGAUGCGCCUUAUUAUUUGUUUCAUGUAGUGGAUGAACGUCAAUUCUUUCAUUGUUUUAGUCACUUUGUCUCUGUUUGUAAUGACGGUGGCAAUGGAGUGCCGGUAUUAAUUUCGACAUUAAGGAACGGAGGGCAAAUUCAAACCUUGAAAUCCCUUUGCCAGGUUCUCGGGAUGUUUUUUUUUCUUUUUCUCUUUUCUCUAUUCAUAGCUUCAAGUUUUAAUGUGGGUUUGAAUAGAAUAGGCUAUAACCGUUCUUGCACUGAAGCGACUGAAAUAUUGCCUGCAUAUUGCUUAGAAAUUGCAAUAGUCCUAAAGAAUGUGAAGCUUACAUAAAGAUGUAGAAACCGUCUUCUUUAAAAGUGUACCAAUCACCUUAAAAAAUAUUUGCUGUACAGGGAGAAUGUAUCAAUUCUUUCUCAAGACUCGAGAAACCUCUUCCUAACAUGUAGGUGGUAAAGAAACUGUUUGAACAAUGAAACAUUGUGUUUGUAGUUAUGAAGACAAAAUUCCACUUACUGAAGGGAACCCACCAUCUCUUUAUAUUGAGCAUGAUUAAUAUCCUAAUGGAUCAAAGCCAUACUGUACUAGAAGCACUACGGCAAAAUCCCCUCUCAGGUCAGCUGUAGCAGUGUGGUCCCGUAAUUCGCUGCUUCCCUAGCUGCGCUGUUUGUUCACGCAUAGAGUCCUCUGUCUGUGAAGCGGCAAAUUAGGUAUCGUGUUUCGCACUGUUGGCAAGCCGACCAUGCGAUGGCGCUGUGCAGUAAACAGUACCAGGGCCAUCUGUUUCACAGAGUUUGGCCAACUUGGUUUCACUGGGUCACAACAUGGUGUCCUACUAGAACCGGGUUGGCCAAACUCUGUGUAUAGAUGGCUCUGAACAGUAUGCUAGGGCAGAGGGUUCAUCAGUUCGGUAUCGCUUUAACAACAAAAUAGUAAUUACUAUAUGUCACGUUACAACUUUUAUUCAAGGUCAGGUUAUCAUGAAUGUGCUAUUAUAUUAUAAUGUGACUGAAAUUUUGAUAUACAGAUGAGAAAUUUAUGAACUCUUGCUCUAUUGACUGGGAAAAAAUUGCUAGUGAAAAACAGCAUUUAUGUUGAAAGUAUUUAAGAUAAAUGUUAGUAAGCUAAAUUAAAGUGUAAUAACCUGAAUGUAUUCAUAGAAAUUAAAUGUAAUUUAAGUGUCGAAAAAAUGUAAAAUUGCAAGCAUUUGAAUAGUAAGUUGUGGGAAACUUUCAUAGAUAGGGGUGAUUGAGUGGCUAUUUUCUGUUCCAUAAGCUACAAAUGUGCUUUGUUUAAAAGGAAGGUAGAUAUAUUGUAGAAAUUAAUGCCACACAUCAAAUUAUAGCGCUGGACACAUUCCAAAUUACUAAAUGCAUUGAUAAAAAUUGAAUUAGAAUCUUAAUGCAAGGUGCUGCAUUAAAAAAUAUGCCAUAUUCUAGGUUGUAUUAGUGCCAUUUUUUUUUAGUCUACCUGUAAAUUUUUAUACCAUUUUCAAAUAUUUGAAAUAAUCAAAUUAGGCAUACUUUAUUAUGAUACAACUCACUGUUUUCAUGAUUAUGCAAUAUUUUGAUGCUAAUAUCAGAUUUGCUUUGGUGAAAUUAUGAAACUGAUAUCUGUGUAUUGACAUAAGUAGCAAAGAGUAUUUUGUUGAAGAACUGAAUGCGUCGUGUAAAAUAUGAGUAAAAUGUUCAUGUCAUGUUAAUGUGGCUGAUUGGUGUUAUGACAUGUAUGUAGAUGCAAAUAUAUGGACAGUGUAAAUGAUAUGCAAAUUUAUGCAAAAAUUAUCCAUGUUUACCUAAUGAGGGAAUAAAUGAUUUGAAUUGUAUAUGUGGCCGAGCGUGAGAAUAACUGUGAUGUCUGUAUAAUACACAACUGCUAAAUGAAGAAAAAUA